GUAAAUUAUGCUGGAAUGUAUACUAAAUAUUUAACAGAUCGUAGUCAACGUAAAGCAUUUUUAGAAACGCAUCGAUCAAUGGAAACACGAUAUAAAACUCAGAAAGAAAAUGAACGUCAAGAAAAAUUACUAUUAUCAGUGUUGCCAGAUUUUGUCGCAAGGGAAAUGGUAAAAGAUAUCGCUCAUGAAGAAGAAGAAGGUGGCGAAUUUGAAGCUCAUCAAUUUCACAAAAUUUAUAUACAUCGUUAUGAAAAUGUUAGCAUUUUAUUUGCAGACAUUAAAGGUUUUACAGCUUUAGCAUCAAAGUGUAGUCCUCAAGAAUUAGUAAAACUAUUAAAUGAUUUAUUUGCAAGAUUUGAUAAAUUAGCUGCCGAAAAUUAUUGUUUACGUAUAAAAUUACUAGGAGAUUGUUACUAUUGUGUAUCGGGUUUGCCUGGACCACGUUCAGAUCAUGCUUUGUGCUGUGUUGAGAUGGGACUACAUAUGAUAAAAGCAAUUGGUGAUAUUCGCUGUAAUGCACAUGUCGAUUUAACAAUGCGAAUUGGUAUUCAUUCCGGCUCAGUAUUAUGUGGUGUAUUAGGCCUGAGAAAAUGGCAGUUUGAUGUAUGGUCGUAUGACGUUACAUUAGCAAAUUAUUUAGAAGCAGGUGGUAUACCUGGUCGUGUCCACAUAUCUGAAGCAACAUUAAAUUGUUUAAAUCACGCAUAUGAAGUAGAACCAGGGAAUGGCCAUGAACGCAAUCCAUACUUACGUGAUCAUAAUAUCAAAACGUAUCUAAUCAAACAAGAUGAGCCAUUGCGAGUGCAUAAGAAACGUACAUUUCGUCCACGAUUAUGUCCAAAAGCGGAUGCAGAAAAAUAUUCGAUUGUAUUAUCAAAUUCACCAAGAAAAAUAUGUCCUACAUUAAUAAAGUCUGAUAAAGUCAACAGAGAAAAUGAUGAAGAUUGUAUAUUUGGUGAUACUAUUGGUAAUAAUUUGAUCAUUGAAGAAGAAAAUCUAACUGAUUGGACACCAGAAAUACCUUUUGAAAAUCUAAAUUCUACUAUGAUAUCAAACGAGUUGGACAAUAGGACAUAUAAAAUGCAUGUUUGGCACGAUCCUGAAUCAGGCGGGAAAUCACAUACAGUUCUAUCACCCGCUGAACAAGUUGAUGAGAUAAUGGACCAUUCAAUUGAAAUCGAUAGUAAUAAACGUAUCCGCGAUGCACACGUGAAUCCAUGGACAUUACAAUUCAAGGAUAAAUCAACUGAGCAAAAGUUUUGUCAACUGAGGGAAGAUAUGUUCAAAUCGAAUAUGUUAUGUUGCUUUAUUAUAUGGAUUUUUAUAGUAAUUUGCCAAAGUAUUAUUUUACCUCGUAAUCAAUUACUCUCCAUCGGGUUAAUAGUAACGACAUUACUAUUAACAGCCACAUCAGUACUAGUAAUGGCUGAAGAAUUUUCCAAAGUACCAAUAACAUUACAAAAAGCCUCCGCAAUGCUUGUCCAUCAUCGAAAUUGUCGUACGGCAUUCAUCUGUUGUGUAAUAAUAUUAAUGGCAGCGGCCAGAUCAGCAUCAUUAAUUAAAAUGGCAACAGAAUUUGAAAUUUAUGAUACAAAUGAUACCAAUGAUACAUCAAACAUAACUACUACUGGUAAAAACCACAUGGGUUGUAAUGGUUGUUCGCAUCCUGAAUAUAUUGUUUUCACAUGGGUUUUAUGUUUGGUUGCAUUAGCUACGGCUUUGAAAUUAUAUUAUUUGAUUAAAACUGCUUUAGCUAUUAUUAUGGUUUCAAUUUAUACGUUAUUAAUUUUGCAACUGUAUCCGAGUGUAUUUGAAGAUACUGAAAAUAAAAAUUCUGGAGGUCAAAUACCAAUGCCAGCUCAAAUGUUAAUCUUAUUAACAAUUUUCUUAACAAUGGUGAUUUAUCAUGCCAGAUUAGUAGAAGUAACAUCGCGUUUAGAUUUUUUAUGGAAACAGCAAGCUGAAAAAGAAUUGGCAGAUAUGAUUGAGACACGACACAACAAUCGUCAAUUAUUAAAAAAUAUAUUACCUGAUCAUGUAGCAAACCAUUUUUUAACAGCCAAUCGACAACCAGAUGAAUUGUACUCUCAGUGGCGUGAUGAAGUUGGAGUUAUGUUUGCCAGUAUACCAAAUUUUACUGAAUUUUAUUCGGAAGACAUUAACAAAGGAAUGGAAUGCAUUCGACUUCUAAAUGAAAUUAUUGUCGAUUUUGACGAGCUUUUGGAUGAAGAACGUUUUGAUUCCAUCGAAAAAAUAAAAACGGUUGGAUCAACGUAUAUGGCAGCAUCUGGUUUAAAUCCCAGUAAAAAACAACGAAAACACGCCGAUCAUUUAGAUCAUUUAUGUGCAUUGGUGGAUUUUGCAUUUGCAAUGAAAACGCGGUUGGAUAAUGUUAACACCCAUUCAUUCAAUUCAUUUGGAUUGCGUGUAGGUAUUUCAUGUGGGCCACUUGUUGGUGGUGUCAUUGGUGCACGUAAGCCCGUGUUUGAUAUAUGGGGAAAUACUGUGAAUGAAGCUUCACGUAUGGAUUCCACUGGUGUCAUGGGCCAUAUUCAAGUGCCAAAAGCUACUGCUGAAUUAUUAGCUGCACGUGGUUACCAAAUACAAUUACGAGGUAUUAUUGACGUGAAAGGCAAAGGUAAAAUGGAAACAUACUUUAUAUUAGGUUUAUGUCCAUCACGAGUCAAAGGGUGUAAUCGUCAACCAAGUCAAUGUAAAAGUUUAGCAGCGGUGGUUUACGCUAUGGCCCAAGCUCGCCGUAAAUUAAAUACAAGAUAUUCAAUGAUAUCACGACCUCGUUCACAAAUCAAAAAUGAAGGAGAUAAAACUCACAAAUUAAAUAACUACAGUUCAAUGCGUCAUCCACAUCGGACACCAACAAAUCCAGUACGACGUAAUACAACGCGUGCACAAAAUAGAUGCGCACACGCCAAAUCACAACCAAAUAUGCGACAAAUAGGUUCAACGUCAUCUUCUUCAACAAAUACAGAAACAAAAAUCAUGGAUGACUGUACAAAUGUUAAUAAAUUAAAUACAAAUAAUUUUCUAAUAUCUGUAACUCAGUCAGCACCACAUACGCCAACCGGUGGUGGAGGUGUCUCAUCACAAUUAGAAGAAUUAAGUUCGUCACAAAUAAAUUACGUACCAAGACUUCUAUCGGAACCAACAGUUACAACAAAAACAUUAAGUUUAUCUCCAGUAUUUAAAAAUAACAGUAUUGCAUCGUCAAAUGAAGAAGAAAUUCAUAACAUGACACCAUCAACAGAUAAAUCACAUUCACGUAAUUCUAGCAAUAAUACAAUUCAUACACAAGCAACUACAUCUCUAUCCUUGUAUUCAUCACCCAAAUCAACAACAACAAAAGAAUCGCGAUUUAGUUUACGAUCUCCGUUGUUUAGAAAAAAUACAUCUGACCAACGCCAUUUAACCACAUAAUUAAAAUACAUAAGUCCAAGAAUUUUAAAGCUAAUACACUUACAUAUUUUAACUGAAUCUGAUUAUUUGAUCAAAAGAUAACCGAAUUUCAAGUUGUUUUUUUCAUAUUACAGUAAACGAGGCUAAAACCUCUAAAUUUUUUCCUAUAGCUCAUAUUGAUUUGACCUGAAAAUUUUGAUUGACCUGAAAAUUUGGGAUUACGCUUUAUUCAUACUCCAAAACAAAAUUUAUAUGGUGCCUAGUGGUGCUUUUGCCCAAGAGGUGGGGUAACCAACCCUCCUAGGGGAUGGAAAAUAUAUAUUGAAAUAGAGCAAUGAAAUCCAAACAAAAAGUGU